AUGACCAAUUCCUCGAUAGACAUCGACUCGCUGCGCUCAGCUCUGCCUGCGGGCAUGGAUACCAAAGAGAUCAUAUUCAUUCCCAUCAACGACGGCGACGACGACUACGUGGAGGGUGGUAACGGCUCCCACUGGUCGCUCCUUGUAUACAGCAACCGACCACACCCAGGCUUUCACUACUAUGACAGUGCGGCCAGCUCUAAUUACAACUAUGCCGUUGGUGUUAAGCACAAGCUAGAGCUGUUUAUGUGUGGGAGUGCACAGUCAGAGCUGCCAAUGGUUACGCACAGCUGUCCACAGCAGGACAAUGGGACCGACUGCGGGAUCUUUGUCAUCAUGUUUGCUGACUUGCUCGCACGCCGGCAUGCCAAUUCCAGAAUGCUACUGAGUUCGCAAGCACUGUCACCUAGUCUUCUGCCGCUUCCGUCACAACUACCGCUUCUGCCCCUGCUUCCAUACCUCGAUCGAGAAAACUACGUCGACAUUGGCACCAGCACAUAA